UGGUCAAGACACAGCCAGGUUGUCUGAACUUGUUGAUUUGCUUUGACUAGUUUCAUAUCUGAAUUCUCCGAUUUUGCGCAAUGCACAUUUAUUGAUUCUACAAGUCCGACCGGUUCUGAUUCCUUGUUGCAUUGUCUCAUUGUUUAUUUCUCCGAGAAGUACUCCGUACACAACAACGACUUAUGGCUUCACGAUUCCCCCGCCAGCGCGACCCUCGCGCCGCCUCAUCCCUUUUCGACUCCUACGAUGGCAAUUCACGACCAGCUAGCAAAUCGCCAGGCCGAGUGGGCGGAUACGGUUACGGAGGGUAUUCCAGCGCCGAACUCGAUAGUAGAAAUGUGAGCGGGGAUGCUUCAGGUGGAUUUCGGAGCGCGACGCCAAACUCAAAGGGCCAAUAUUCCGACGCUGUUCUUUCAUCUCUGGAGUCGCAGAAUGAUUCCGAGGUGGAAGGGAUCAGUGCUAAGGUGAAGAUGUUGAAGAAUAUGACAAUGGCCAUUGGCGACGAAAUCCGUGACACCUCGAACAUAACCGAUCUCAAUGAUACCUUUGACAACACCCGUAUUCGUAUCAAGGGCAAUAUGACCCGUAUGCUUCGGAUGGCGGAGCGUACUGGUGUCGGAUGGCGUGUGUGGCUGUUGUUUCUUAUUGCGGUUUUCUUUAUAUUUGCAUAUGUUUGGUUGACUUGAUGGUCUGCUUUAGAUAUCGCUACGUUUCGUCUUGCUGGAUAGUCAGCAUUUUUUAUUGCCUUAUGUUAUAUAAUUUCGUUGCAUGCUGGGCGGGCGUUUGGGUUGCAUUGUUCAAACUGUGUGACAGUGAUCACUUACAGGAUGGGAGUUAUGGUUCUGCAUUGAUAGUGUUUUGUUACUGUCUACUGCAUAUUAAAUAUGAUGACUAUCAUCUAAUACGCAAAACAUCUGUCUUGUACUAUGAUAAUAAAUUAUAUCCCUAAUCUAUGUCUAAGAAUGCACCCGAAUCCAGACGAUACGCCAGCCAUGCGAGUCUCAAGUCUCAUACAUCAACCGUCAAGACUAUCCCUAGGUCCACCAGUUCUCCUCGAAAAUCCCCCAAAAGCACUUCGCCUACUCCCCUGACUCGUCACCGAAGCACGCAGAUCCUCCUCAUCAACCAUCAUGCUUGAAUCCGCAACAAACGAAUCUCCACCACC